AUACCUCUGCUGCUGGGACUGUUCUGGCCUCCUGGCUCCAAGUGAUAACAAUGUGGUGCCCCACAGGGAAAGUUGCCCCCUGCCCUUGGCGGGGGGUGGGAGCUCACUCAACACUGAUCACCGGACCAAAACCUGCCUCGUCACCGCCUUUUCUCCAUCCUCCACUGCCCAUUUACUGCCUUCUGCUGCCUUUUCCUCCUCGCAUGGUUCGUGCUACCCUCCGCCUCCAUUCCCGACCUUGGCUGGGCCUCACCAAGUCUCAUGACUCUUCACUCAUCCGGUUCCAAGUUGCAGGGCGCAGAGUAGGAAAGGAUCGAUCUGCGCCGAGGGGCAGAAGUGGCAUCAGAGACAACCUGCCUGCCUGUCAACUGCCCAUAAGGCUGUGUGUGAGCCAAGGCGGUGCAGUCAGAGGUGAUGCAGGAGACCAACCGGGUGCAGAACAGAGGCCUGCAAAGAUGAGUGGACUUCGACCCCCUUAGAGAGAAAGCAAGAGUGACUCACAGGAGGAAGAUGAAACCAAAGCUUCCAGGCUGUCCCUGGUAGGCUCAGACAGUCCAAAGGCAGCAGAGGGAAGGAGAGAAAAUCCUAGAUGGAGAUCUGGCCAAGAGCUUCCCGAAGACCAUGCAAAUGAGGCACGCCCACAACUGCCUGGAAACCAGGCCGGGAGAAGUCAGAGCCCAGAGCACAUGCUGCAGGGCCGUGCUAGGCAAAGGAGCAGGAGGAGGUGGAGGAGGCGCUGAGGGAGCAGGACGUCUCCUGCCAGACCUCCCAGUGUCUGGUCUGAGGAUGGCGGAGAAGCAGGGCCGGGAGCCGGAGUGCCCUGUGUGCUGGAACCCCUUCAACAACACGUUCCACACCCCCAAAGUGCUGGACUGCUGCCACUCCUUCUGCGUGGAAUGCCUGGCCCACCUCAGCCUGGUGACUCCGGCCCGGCGCCGGCUGCUGUGUCCGCUCUGUCGCCAGCCCACUGUGCUGGCCUCCGGACAGCCUGUCACCGACUUGCCCACGGACACUGCCGUGCUCACCCUGCUCCGCCUGGAGCCCCACCACGUCAUCCUGGAAGGCCGCCAGCUCUGUCUCAAGGAUGAGCCCAAGAGCCGCUACUUCCUGCGCCAGCCCCGGGUCUACACGCUGGAACUCGGCCCCGGGCCUGGCAGCCAGACUGGGCCCCCCCAGGACGUGGCCCCUACCACCAGCCCCAGCCCCAGCCCCAGCGCCGACUCUCUGAGGGGGUGUUUCCGCAACCCGCAGUUCCGGACCUUUGCCUACCUGCUGGCUGUCAUCCUCAGCGCCGCUCUGUUGCUCAUCUUCUCCAUCUUUUGGACCAAGCAGUUUUUUGGGGGCGUGGGCACUGUGAAGCAUGCGGGAUCUUACUUCCCCAACCAGAGAUCGAACCCGUGUGCCCUGAAGUGGAAGCACGGACUCUUAACCACUGGACUGCCAGGGAAGUCCCCAAAGUACUUAAAUUUUUUAAAAAGUGUUUUACUUUGGAAAAUUUCCAACAAAUUACUUUCAUAUCUAUCAUCAAAUGAUCCUUAUAACAGACCUGUGAGGUACAUAUAAGGC